GCAUACGCAACAUCCGACAUAACAUAAAUAAUUUUCUAUUUAAUUAUUUUUUCUAAUCUUCUCUUUUUCUUCGCGACAAUCCUGAAUUUGUGUUGGCAACUAUGAUUGUUAGAAACAAAGUUAACUACCAUAAAUUGAGUUAAGAACAAUUUUGUUUUCUUAAAUUUGUGCAUUGUUUUUAUUUACAACAAUUUACAAGUACUUUUUUUUCAAAUGGCAGAUAAAGUAUGUUUGAUGAAAUGAUUUAAAUUCGCUUGAUCAUUUUUUUGAAGAAUUACAAAUGUUACAAAAAACGUACAAUGAUUUACAGGACUAUUAUUCUCUUUUGAGGCUAGUAAGAAAUGAUAUAGAAAAAAUGAUAAGCAACUUCUCGUGUGCACCUGAUUUUUUCCCAAUACAAAAAGACGUUAAAGCUGGAGUUAUUAAAAAAAGGAAAAAAAUUCCAAAAUAGCGUAAUAAACCAUAUUAAAAAUAUCGAAUACGAUAAAAUAAUCAUAUAUUUUUAUUCAUUUUUGGAGAAAGAUGUAAUAAUACUACUGAUCUUUGUAAAUUGUCGUUUCUCUUAAAAAUUUUUUUCAUUAAUAUUUUUUAUUCCCCUUUUUGACAAAGUAUUAAAAAAUCAUAAACCUAAAAUUAAAUGUAAAAAUGAUCUCCAAGUGUUUCUCAUAUUACUUUCGAAAUAUUAUUAGCUGUUUUAAUAAAUUUUACAUUUUACAAAAUACUUCCAAUAUACAAUUAAAUAUUAGCAAGAGAAAUAUUAAAUUGCAAUGUUAUAACAGAUCUAAAGAGAACAAAAUAAAUGAAGAACGCAAACAAAAUAAUAUUAUGCGUCCCUCACAAUCUUAUGAAUAUAAUAUUUUUGGUAAUCGUAUGGUCGACUUAAAUGUUUGUAUUAUUGGUGGAGGUUUGUCUUCUAUUUAUACAACAGUUCUUUUGAAACAAUCUCGUUUUAUAAAAGAUAUACAUUUAGUUGAUUUAAGUGGAAAAUUAGCUGGUACCAUUUUGGAUGCAAACCAUAUUGAUACUACCAUUCGUAUAAAGUAUUUUACUAAAAAAUUAAUCAGUAAAGCCUUGGUAAAAACAAAUAUUGUUGCACUUAUGGAUGAGACGGAUUUUAAUAUCGACAAAGAUCCAUAUGUUCAACUUAAUAAGUGCUCAAAAUAUAUUCAUCAAAUAGUGGAGCAUAUAAUCGCAAUUUGCCCUACAGCACUUGUAGUAGUUUUUACAAAACCUGUAACAGCAACGUUAUCGAUGGUAUCAGAAAUUUAUAAACAUGCAGGCAAAUGGGAUCCAAAUAGAUUGAUUGGUUCAGUUUCUACAGAAAUAAUGCGAAUCGAAACGAUAACUGGGAAUAUAUUAGAUUUGAAUCCUGCAUUUAUAACAAUUCCAAUAGCUGGAGGAGCUGAUUUAAAUACUAUUGUUCCACUUUUAUCGUGCACCAAGCCUAUCAAUGAAUUUACAAGUGAUCAAAGUAAUGCAUUGAUAGAAUUAUUUCAAGCAACCAAACAAGAUCAAAUUAAUUUUAAAGUGAAUAAUUUAGCUCUCUUAGAUGGAUUAGCUGCAGCAAAGUUAAUCUUGACUCUUGCCGGUGGUUUAAACGAUUUCGAUAAUGUUUAUGCAUGUGCAUUUGUACGUUCAAAUGUAUUGCCAGUAUGUCGUUUCUUUACAUCUCAAUUACAAUUUGGGAUGGGAGGAAUAAAGAAAAAUUUUGGUUUACCAAAAGUUUCAUCUUUGGAAGUUAGUAUGAUCGAAAGAGCAAUUCCAAUUAUUAAUGAGUACAUAGAAAUGGGAAUGAAGGCUUCUAAUUGUAAAUAAAAAAAAUCACAUUUAAAAUUUUUAUUUA